CAUUGUGGUUGAAUUUUAUCAUGCAUCCUACUAGGUCAGCAUUGUGCGCAUGCUCUCCGGUGAACGUGUCCUCACAGCUGCACAUGAUGGGACUGUGAAGAUGUGGGACGUAAGGACUGACACUUUUGUUACUACUGUGGGUCGUUGCUCCAGUUCAGUUUUAUGUAUGGAAUAUGAUGACACCACAGGAAUCUUAGCAGGGAUGCGGUGGCCAACAUUUGGGACAUACGUGCUGGAAGGCAGAUGCACAAGCUUAUAGGCCACUCAAAGUGGAUUAGGUCAAUCAGAAUGGUGGGAGACACAAUAAUAACUGUAAGUGAUGAUUGGACUGCCCGGUUAUGGUCAGUUUCUCAAGGAACGUGUGAUGCUGUUUUAGCUUGCCAUGCUGGCCCAGUUCUGUGCGUUGAGUACUCUGUGUCAGAUAAAGGAAUUAUAACAGGUUCAACUGAUGGACUUCUUCGGUUUUGGGAAAAUGAUGAGGGUAGUAUAAGAUGUAUCAAGAAUGUCGCAAUUCAUACUGCUUCCAUAUUGUCUAUCAAUGCUGGUGAACACUGGCUCGGAAUAGGGGCAGCUGAUAACUCGAUGUCCCUUUUCCAUCGGCCUCAGGAGAGAAUUGGUGGUUUAUCUAGCACGGGUUCUAAGAUGGCUGGAUGGCAACUCUACAGGACUCCACAAAAAACAGUUGCAAUGGUAAGGUGUGCUACUUCAGACCUUGAAAGGAAAAGGAUUUAUAGCGGUGGGCGUAAUGGGCUACUUAGAUUGUGGGAUGCGACUAUUAACAUCUAAGUUCCUCUUUUAUGUAUUUGUUGUUGUAACUUUGAAGCAUACUUGUGUAAGUGCUUAGUUUUUUGUUAGAGGAGAAGUAUUCCGUUUCACAUUGCUGAGUAUUUUGAUCGACACUGAGGUUACACAGUAGAAAGUAAAAAUCCUCAAUAUUGUU